AUGUGCGGCAGCGACAUCUUCUUGGGCUUCCUCGCCAUUCUCUUCCCGCCCAUCGCUGUAUGGGUGAAGCGUGGUCUCUGCUCGGCCGACUCCCUCAUCAACAUCGCCCUCUGCUGUUUGGGCUUCUUCCCUGGUCUCAUCCAUGCCUGGUACAUCAUCUCGCGCUACCCCGACCCCACCUAUGAGGCCGUCGACCAAGAACCCGAAGGUGGCCGUGUGACAUACUACUACGUCCAACAAAGCCAUCGUCCUUCGGUCAGCAGUUCGAGAGGCCCUGGCUACGGCACCAUCGCCCCUGGCAACCAGGCCGAGGGCUCAAACCCUCAGCAAUACCGCCAGGAUCAGCAGAUGCCUAGUGCGUCAAAGAGAGAUGACGCUGCAAACCCACCCACAUAUGCAGAGGCCGUCAAGGGAAACAACAAGGUCCAAUCACACGACUAA